CGCCGCUGCCGCCGCCGCCGCCGCCGUCGCCGCCCGCCCUGGUCCCGCGGACAGCGCGCAGCGCCGAGGUGGGAGCGCCGGGAGCAGCAGCGCCUAGAUAAUGCCCAGGGGUGAGCUGUCCUGAGCUGCUGAGUUCCAACUGCCUGUCUGUCCACGCACACCCCAGGUAGCCUGCCAGCACCACCCACCAUGGAGUCCAGGGGGAAGGCGACCAGCAGCCCCAAGCCCGACUCGAAGGCUCCGCAGGCGGCUGCUGAGGCCAGAGCCCCGCCAGCUGCGGAUGGGAAAGCCCCCUCAGCUAAGCCUGGGAAGAAGGAGGCCCAAGCAGAGAAGCAAGAGUCCUCAGCGACCCCCACCCCAGCUGCCAAGAAGACCGCGGCCAAAGCAGACCCUACCCUUCUCAAUAACCACAGCAACCUGAAGCCGGCCCCCGCAGCCCCCAGCAGCCCCGAGGCCACCCCUGAGCCCAAGGGCCCUGGGGAUGGGGCUGAGGAGGAUGAAGCCCCCAGCGGGGGUCCAGGGGGCCGAGGCCCUUGCCCCUUUGAGAACUUGACCCCCCUGCUGGUGGCUGGGGGUGUGGCCAUGGCAGCCGUAGCCCUAAUUCUUGGUGUGGCCUUCCUGGCCCGGAAAAAAUGAUGGCUUGUGCCCAGGUGGGGGCACAGCCACUUCCUGUACAGGUCUCAGGAGCCUAGUGCAUGCCGAGCUCAAAUACAGCCGUCUAUACAUCCAUACGUGCGUACCACAUAGACACGUAUACCCCUGUGUGCGUACCACAUAGACACGUAUACCCCCGUACACGCAGAAGGACAGACGCGGACAGGCCCCCCAGCCAUGGAAACCAAGCCCGCUCGCUGGCCCCCAGCACUUACCCCUCCCAGGCUCCAGCAUGGGGCAGUGGGAGGAGUGGACCUUGAGUGUGGCCCACCUGCCUACAAGCAGGUGGACGUGUGCCAGCCGGUCCCGAGAGGCCCCAGUGGCCCCAAGCACUUCCUGGCAGCAGAGUCUGGACGAGUCUCCAGGGCUGGGUAGGGGUCCGGGAUGGGCUCCCACAAGGGCCCAGCCCUUGUAGGGACAUUAAAGGGUAUGGCUGUUUCACUCUC